AUGAAUACUUUUGUCAAAAAGGGUGGUGUAGGUAGAAUUAAUGCAGACCGUCUCUACGCAUUUAACAAAACGCUAAAGAAAGAUGUUCUCCGUGAGCGUGGUUACUGGGAAGUGAGUAAAGAUAGCCAUCCCAUUAACCGUUGGUCAUAUCGUCGCUGGAAGGAACGAAAUGAGGAACUCUCUAUAUUUGAGGACAAACUUGAAAAAGUCCCCAUAGAUCAAAAAUUUAAAGUAAAGAAACUCUUAACGGUAGCGAACAUCUCGGUUGCAGGUCCAAUAGUGAUUGUCUUGUACCUUGUUUUCUGCUACUGGCGUCACCGUCUGUGGGGUAUUACUCCUAUAGAUGGUGCCUCCUCUGUUGCAAGAGGAAUACAGAACCUCCCAAGGCCACCUGGAUAUUAG